AUGUUUGACACUCACUCCAAACAGCGCUCAUGGAUGAAGCGCCAAAAGGCUCGGUUGACGCGUCAGUUGCACAGGAUCACCAACGGCCUUUUUCCGUCCCCUUCAGAAAGCAUGCCCUCAAGCCAAAUUCGUGGCUCGUCUCGAUAUCGAAGCCCUUCUCCUUUUCCCUUGCAGAGACUCACCGCCAAAGAAGUGGAUGAGAUUGAGGGGCAACCUGAAGAGCCAGAGGGCGCUACUGGGUGCGAUGACCUCGACGAACUGUCACCUUCUGCAUCACACGCAAGUAACGCUUCGAGCAUGUGGAGACCUCCCAUUCCGUAUCUCGACAAGACUCCCCAGAGCCGCUCUCCAUCCCGCUCGACCAGUCAGGCUGUCCAAGCCAGACGUGAGGUGAAGUUGAUAACCCCACCUCCUACAGAGGCACAACAACCACAAUCGGCAACCAUCGAGCAAGUGCCAUCUGCUGUGGUAAACGACAAGACAUCACUCCUCGCCGACACCAUACCUUUUGAGCUAGACAACAGCAACGAGUGGGAAAACGUUACGGCUCAUGACACUACCAUGAUCCAGGAUCUGGAUCUCACAUUCUGCACCUUAGACGAGACGCCUGUCUUGAACCCCACGAGGCCCUUGCGAUACCUUGGAAUUAUUGGCGGCAUGCGGCUGGAUCCAAAGCAGCGAUCACGUCUCAGCCCUUCCUGGAACGAGUGCCCCAAAGAAGGGUUGGCUACCAGGACCCCGCCACAGAUACACCAAGGUCCCAGCGGUUAUAUCCUCCCCUGGCUCCUCAUCUUGGGGCUCAUUUGA